AUGGUGCAGGAUUACUUGAAAACUGUGGUUCCUUCGCAAUUGAUCGCCGAGCGAGGCUCCAAUAUAGUUGUCAUCAACCCAGGUUCCGCAAAUGUCCGAAUCGGAGUCGCGCGGCAGGAUACUCCCUCUAUCAUUCCUCACUGUAUUGCUCGUUAUACCAAUCAAACGCCCAAGUUGAAUGUCCAAGAUCAGAUGCUGAAUUGUCAGGUGACGACUGCUCAGCAAAUGGAGCGUCAGAAGGCUUAUGAUGUUAUUGCAUCAUUUCUAAAGAUUCCUUUUCUGGAUGACCAAGUGGGCAUCCCACGGAAGAUGGGCCGUGUUGAUGGACAUAAUCAUCACAAUGGUAGGGGGAAGGACGAGUGUUUUGCAUGGGCUAAUGUUUAUGAGCAGGAUGCUAAGUCCACUUCUACACCAGAAAGGACGACUAGUGAAGAUCGGGUUGGUGAAUCCUCAGAGGAGCACCGAGAUGAGGACCCAAAGCAGCUGCAUUCCACUGAGAAUAGGUUAAGGCAGUUCAUUAUUGGGGAGGAAGCUUUAAGAAUAUCCCCUACGGAGCCAUAUUGUGUACGCCGCCCCAUUCGCCGAGGUCACUUGAACAUUUCUCAGCAGUAUCCGCUGCAGCAGGUGAUCGAGGACCUGCACGCUACCUGGGACUGGAUAUUGACAGAGAAACUUGAUGUACCUCGGUCACAUAGAAACAUGUAUUCAGUGGUUCUUGUUUUGUCAGAAACAUUUGAUACUCGAGAAAUGAAAGAAAUGUUAUCAGUAGUACUACGAGAUUUGCACUUUAGCUCAGCAGUGGUACAUCAGGAAGGCCUUGCUGCAGUAUUUGGGAACGGAUUAUCAACGGCAUGUGUAGUCAAUAUGGGGGCUCAAACUACUACUGUUAUUUGCAUCGAGGAUGGGGCAGCACUACCAAAUACAGAAAAAACCUUGCAAUUUGGCGGAGAGGAUAUAUCAAGAUGUCUGCUCUGGACCCAAAGGCACCAUCAGACAUGGCCACCUAUUCGAACUGACCUGUUGACAAGGCCUAUGGAUUUGCUAAUGUUGAACAAACUGAAAGAGAACUAUUGUGAAAUCAAGGAAGGGGAGCUUGAUGCUGUUUCCAUAGUUCAUUCCUAUGAAGAGGGCCAGCCACCUGGAUCUCAUAAGACUAGGUUAACCGCUCUUAGUGUACCUCCAAUGGGACUCUUCUACCCAGCGCUUUUGGUUCCAGAUGUGUAUCCUCCUCCACCUCGUUCUUGGUUUAAUGACUAUGAUGACAUGCUGGAAGAAACAUAUCAUAUAGAAUACCCUAGGAGGCCCGAUUUAGUUGAAGGAAUGUAUCCUGGGAUGAAUGUUGGAUUAUCCAUGUGGGACAACUACCCGAUAUUUUCUUCAAAGCCAAAAAAGGAAGAAAAAGUUGGCCUUGCAGAAGCAAUCACCAGUAGCAUUCUCUCAAGUGGCCGCAUUGAGCUUCAAAGGAAGCUGUUCUGCAGCAUUCAAUUGAUUGGUGGAGUGGCCUUGACGGCUGGUCUCAUUCCCGCUGUGGAAGAAAGGGUUCUGCAUGCAAUUCCCCCGAAUGAGGCGAUUGAUACCGUAGAGGUCCUGCAAUCAAGAACAAGAACCACAGACGUGCCAUGGAAAGGUGGAGCGAUCCUUGGAAUCCUCGACUUUGGUCGUGAUGCUUGGAUUCACAGAGAGGACUGGGUCCGAAGCGGCAUUCACAUAAAUAGCAACAGAAAAUACAGGGACUCUUACUAUCUCCAAGCCCAAGCCAUGAGCUAUAUAAACUCCUGA